UUAAAUCCAACAACCUAACAGUUCCCCCCGCGCCUCUCGCCUACCACCAGCCAAAAACUGCGAAAUAUUUACCAGGUCCCCGAAGCCUCUCUUUAAAGUAAAUAAAAACACGAAAGUAAAAUGCCAUCCGACUCAAAGAAACGCGACGCGCAGCGCAAGAAGGAUGCUCGCAACAAGAAGAUUCAACAGAUACCCUCCACAAAGAAGGCCAACGGGCAGCCGGAACGUGAAUUGACCGAGGAGGAGAAGCUAUGCGCCAAGCUGGAGGAGGAGGCCCGGAUUAGUGCAGAGGCCCGCUCCUGUACCGGAUCGCUGGCGGUGCAUCCGCGUUCGCGUGAUGUCAAGAUUGCCAAUUUCUCGAUCACGUUCUUUGGCUCUGAGCUGCUGCAGGACACCAUGCUCGAGUUGAAUUGCGGUCGGCGAUACGGUCUAAUCGGUCUGAACGGAUGCGGUAAAUCAUCGCUGUUGGCGGUGCUCGGUGGACGCGAGGUGCCCAUACCGCCGCACAUCGACAUCUUCCAUUUGACGCGCGAGAUACCGGCCAGCUCGAAGAGCGCCCUGCAGUGCGUCAUGGAGGUGGACGAGGAGCGUAUUAAGCUGGAGAAGCUGGCCGAGGAGCUGGCCAUGAGCGAGGAGGACGAUGCGCAGGAGCAGCUGAUCGAUAUCUAUGAGCGGCUUGACGAUAUGUCCGCCGAUCUGGCCGAGGUCAAGGCUGCCCGCAUCCUGCACGGUCUGGGCUUCGACAAGGCCAUGCAACAGAAACAGGCCAAGGACUUCUCUGGCGGCUGGCGGAUGCGCAUUGCCCUGGCCCGAGCCCUAUUCGUAAAGCCCCAUCUGCUGUUGCUGGACGAGCCGACGAAUCACUUGGAUCUGGACGCUUGCGUGUGGCUGGAGGAGGAGCUUAAGACAUACAAGCGCAUCCUGGUGCUCAUUUCGCACUCGCAAGAUUUCCUCAACGGUGUCUGCACGAACAUCAUUCAUCUGACGAGCAAGCGCCUCAAAUACUACACGGGUAACUAUGAGGCCUUUGUGCGUACCCGCAUGGAGCUGCUGGAGAACCAGAUGAAGCAGUACAACUGGGAGCAGGAUCAGAUUUCGCACAUGAAGAACUAUAUUGCCCGAUUUGGUCACGGUUCCGCCAAGCUGGCGCGACAGGCUCAGUCCAAGGAGAAGACACUGGCCAAGAUGGUUGCCCAGGGUCUGACAGAGAAGGUGUCGGACGACAAGGUGCUUAACUUCUACUUCCCCUCGUGCGGCAAGGUGCCGCCGCCUGUGAUCAUGGUGCAGAAUGUGAAUUUCCGUUAUAACGAUGAAACGCCCUGGAUCUACAAGAAUCUGGAGUUUGGUAUCGAUCUGGACACACGUCUAGCCCUUGUGGGACCCAAUGGAGCUGGCAAAUCCACGCUGCUUAAGUUGCUUUAUGGCGAUCUGGUGCCCACCUCCGGUAUGAUACGCAAGAAUUCGCAUUUGCGUAUCGCCCGCUAUCACCAGCAUCUGCACGAACUGCUUGAUCUGGACGCCAGUCCGCUGGAGUACAUGAUGCGCGCCUUUCCCGAUGUCAAGGAGAAGGAGGAGAUGCGCAAGAUAAUUGGUCGCUAUGGUCUUACCGGACGCCAACAGGUCUGUCCCAUCCGUCAGCUGUCCGAUGGCCAAAGGUGUCGCGUCGUGUUCGCCUGGCUGGCCUGGCAGGUGCCGCAUCUGCUGCUGCUUGAUGAGCCGACCAAUCACUUGGAUAUGGAGACGAUCGAUGCCCUCGCCGAUGCGAUUAAUGAUUUUGAUGGCGGCAUGGUGCUAGUUAGUCACGAUUUCCGUCUGAUUAAUCAGGUGGCCGAGGAGAUUUGGGUGUGCGAGAAGGAGACGGUGACCAAGUGGAAGGGCGGCAUUCUGGACUACAAGGAUCAUUUGAAGAACAAGAUCACCUCCGAGAACGAGAAGAAGGCCAAGGCGGGAAAGUAGAUGCUAUCCUAGAGUUAGUUACCAGGCUCACACCACACACAAACCUGCACAACACACAAACAGCAUACACACACCCAACAAAACACACAGAGAGACAUUCAGGCAACUAUCAUCGAUCCAAACCCCCUGCCCCCUGCCCCCUGCCCCCUGCCCCAUGCCCCUGUCCCCGUCGUAUUACUUACUGUUGAAAUUAGUCUUGAGUUUUCACCAAAUUACGCAGUAAUAGCAUCCACAAAACAAUAAACAAAAGCAACCAACAACCACACAGGGGAGAACACACACAAAUUUUAGCUGAAUUUUUUUCUUUUUAUGUGUCGAAUUAAACAAAAUAAACAAAUUAAAGGUAUAUACAUAUAUAUAUAUAUAAUAUAAUAGUUAUGGAAGCAACAGGAGGAACUAUCAACAAACCAACCAACAAACAAACAACUACAAACAGCUUGUGAUCUUGCGCUUA